CUUACUCAUAAGAAUCUGCUUCACCAGAUUUUGAAUCUGAGGGAUCUUGUACCUUUCGUACCUGAGGAUAUAUUCCUGACCAUGCUUCCCCCUUGGCAUGCAUAUGAACGAGCUGCUGAAUAUUUCGCUCUCGCUUUCGGUUGCAAGCUAGUAUAUACUACGGUAAAAAACAUGAAGGAGGAUUUAAAGUGUUACAAGCCGCAUUACCUAGUAUCAGUUCCCUUGGUAUAUGAGUCUUUAUACAGUGGAGUUUUGAAGCAGAUAGAUAAAAGUGGAACUGCUCACAAGCUUAUUGUAUUAUCAUUUUUAAAGAUCAGCCUAGCAUACAAGGAAGCUAGAAGGAUAUAUGAGGGUGAAUGCUUAACAAAAAAUCGGGAACAACCUUCUUACGUUGUUUCACUUUUGGACUGGUUAUGGGCAAGAAUCUUUGCUAUAUUAUUGUCACCAUUGCAUCUGUUGGCACGAAAAUUUGUUUACACUAAGAUUCACACAAGUAUUGGAAUUUCGAAGGCUGGAUUAAGUGGAGGUGGUAGUCUUUCACCACAUAUUGACAAGUUCUUUGAGGCAAUUGACCUUAGAAUACAAAAUGGAUAUGGUUUAACAGAAACAUCCCCUGUUGUUGCUUCUCGGAAUCCCAAAUGCACUGUCCUUGGGUCAGUUGGGCUUCCAAUUCGGUACACAGAAAUAAAAGUAGUCGAUGCGGAAACCGAUGAGGUUCUCCCUCAUGGUUCAAAAGGCAUUGUCAAAGUCAAAGGACCUCAGGUGAUGAAGGGCUACUACAAGAAUCCAAUGGCUACACAACAAGCUAUUGAUGAGAAUGGAUGGUUAAAUACUGGCGAUCUUGGUUGGAUUGUUCCUCACCAUUCCGUAGGGCGGUCCCGCAAUGCUUCAGGUGUUAUUGUCCUCGAAGGUCGUGCCAAGGACACUAUAGUCCUUUCAUCAGGUGAAAAUGUCGAACCAUCCGAGAUUGAAGAAGCCGCCAUGCGUAGCAAUCUAAUUCAACAGAUUGUUGUUAUUGGCCAGGAUAAACGCCGCCUUGGAGCUAUUGUUGUACCACAUAAGGAGGAGAACUAGGGAAAUGGACAACGGAUUGCGCAUUUCAAAUCGGGCCAAUCCUCAUCGUUGAUGAGCCUUUUACGAUUGAUAAUGGCUUGUUGACUCCAACAAUGAAAGUUAAGAGGGACAAAGUAGCAGAUCUAUACAGAGAGCAAAUAGACAAUCUAUAUAAUUGAGAACUUUCAAAAAACGAAAAAUGACUAUGAUGGUAAUUAAGGAAUCCAAUAUAAUGUUACUGAUGCU